GUAGCCUUCUUUUAAACAUUAUAAAACCCCCAUCCCAUUCGCUCCAAGUUCCCAUCCUCAAAACACACUCUAAGCAAAGAAAGCAAGCCACUAGGGUUUUAAGAGAAGAUCAAAAUGGCUUCAAAAAAAUUAGAUUCCAUGGCCUUCUUUUUGGCACUCAACAUUCUCUUCUUUUCCCUAGUCAGUGCUUGUGGCUCUUGCUCUUCACCCACCCCUAAACCAAGGCCAAACCCAAACCCCAACACCCCCACCCCUACUCCAUCCGCACGAGGCAGGUGCCCUAGAGAUGCCCUCAAAUUAGGUGUAUGUGCCAAUGUGCUUAACUUAGUCAAUGUCACCGUUGGUUCACCUCCAGUGAUGCCAUGCUGUUCCCUUCUCAAUGGCCUUGUCGACCUCGAAGCUGCUGCUUGCCUUUGUACUGCUAUCAGAGCUAACAUCUUAGGCAUCAACCUUAACAUCCCAGUUUCUCUUAGCUUGCUCCUCAACGUUUGUUCAAGGAAUGUUCCAACUGGCUUCCAAUGCUAAUUAAGUCAUCACUUUUCCCUCCAUUCUUUCUCAACUUCCUUGUGGUGUUUUGUGUUUGGUUUUUUAUAAAGUUAUGAUGUCAUAACUUCAUUGUUUUAAUUUGUAUCAUUGUUGCUUUAAUUUCGUUGGGAGAAUUGAUACAGAAUAAUAUUUUUCUUAAAGUGUUUUUCUUUGAGUGUUUAUUCUAUCUCUAAAGGACAUGAAAAAGCUUGUAUUAUUCAAUCCUUUCUUCUUGAUUUCUUGUCAAAUUAUUUUAUAUGAUGUCUACAGCUAGUUAUGGCAAUGAAUUUUAUAUGUAACUAUAAAUAAGUAAAGUUGGAAAGAAUUA